CUGAUGGCUGUGAAGGCUUUUGUGGAUAAACUACUGAAAACUCAUAAGAUCGUAGUUUUCGCCAAAACUUAUUGCCCUUAUUCCCAAAAGGCUCGCGCAGCGUUAGAAAGUUGUAAUGUUAAGCCAGGAGCAAUGGCAUGGCUAGAUAUAGACAAAAGGCCUGAUUGCACAGAAAUUCAGGAUUAUUUACAGGCUUUGACCGGAGGGCGAACGGUUCCUCGUGUAUUCAUCAACCAGAAAUUUUUCGGUGGAGGUGAUGACACAGCUGCUGCCGCUAAAAAUGGAAAGCUAGUGCAACUUUUGAAGGAGCUUCAAGCAAUUUAG